AUGGCGUCAUACAGUACAAAUGAUCGGCAAUGGCAGGUAAACGGUAAUAGACAUGAAUUGUCAAAUUUAGUUGCAUCCGAACAAGCUAAUACGACAUUCGAAAGUACAGACUCAAUAAUUUCACAAGCACUCCCUGUACCGCUCGGUGCUCCGCCUGGAUGGCAUAGUGAAAUUAUUCAUUCGGACUCUCCUGUUGCUAAGGAAUACGCAGAUGACUAUCACACAAAUAAUACAUACGCUACGGAUGCUGUUGCUCAAGCACAACAAACUAACAUCGUACGUAGUAAUAGUAAUCAAUUUAUAAAUGCAUCCGUAGACAACAGAUCGUUUCAUCAACAACAACCCAUUUUAACUGAACAUCAACAACACGAUAUUAUACAGAGAGUCGAACGUCAAAAUCCACUUAUUAUUCAUAAACAAUUGCCAAAUAAUCUUGUCACAUAUCGACAAAAUGUUGCUGUACGAUAUUUGCAACCACCUCCACCGCCACCACCGGGACCACUUAUUAUUCGUGAAAUUCGUCCACCUCCGCCACCACCACAAUCGCCAAUUCAAAUUCGACAACGUCCACCACCGCCUCCAACACCAGUGCCCUUAAUACUUCGAGAACGACCUCCUCUACUCCCCCCUCGAACUCCUGCACAAGUAGUUGAAAAAUUAUUACCUCCUCCACCACCAGCGCCACGUCGAGUUAUUAUCGAACGAUUUGCAGAAUGUCCACCUAAACCAUCGGAUGUUAUCAUCGAACGUUGGCUACCUUACAAACAAACACAUCAACGGCGUAUUCUUGUCGAACGAGCACCAGCACAUUACACAGCACCACGAGAACCAAAUCUAAUUAUUCUACAUGAUGCACCUCGCGCAUGCAUUCAUAAAGAAUUCAUAAACGAAGGAGUUAUUCAAGUCGAUCCUGAUUCUUAUAUUCAACGAUAUGGAGGUGAACUUCAUAAUUGGAAUACAAGUUCGCAUCUUGUCGACGAAGCUGUUCGUGCUGUGCCACCGCCAUCAAUCGGACUUACCGAUCAUCACUAUCUACACGAUAAUUAUGCUUCCUUUUCGGAUGAAUACCGACGCGCUCCAUCUCCUUAUCUAUCAGGUUCAUGGGACCGCACGAGAUACGAAACUUCGAUACCUCGUUCAGCAUCCUAUCACUAUGGUUACACGGACUACGAUUCACCUUACAGUUAUUCUACACAACCCUCAAGUCGAUAUAGAUCGUAUCGUUUCUAUGAUGACUAUUAUCCGCAUCGAGGAAACUAUUCAACAAUGAUUGAUGUAACACCUUCAUGGAAUCGUUACUGUAAUUCAUCGUAUGAUCGCUAUCCAUCGUUCUACGAUCGAUACUCAUCAUAUUAUCCUCAAAGUACCAUACGUGUGAGUUCUGAUAGGGAAUUUCAUAAUGUUCUCUCUGAUCUCACCCAUGGCCGUAUACCAUCUGGUCUUCAUUAA